AUGGCAGAGGGACGGGUCCUGGUGCUGGAUGGUCACGGCCAACUCCUGGGCCGCCUGGCGGCCGUCGUGGCUAAGCAGGUACUACUGGGCCAGAAGGUGUUGGUCCUACGCUGUAAAGGCAUCAACCUUUCUGGCAAUUUCUACAGAAACAAAUUGAAGUACCUGGCUUUCCUCUGCAAGCCGGUGAACACCAACUUUUCCAGAAGCCUCUACCACUUCCGGGCAUCCCACCACUUCCGGGUGCCCCACCACUUCCGGGCCCCCGGCCGCAUCUUCCGGUGGACCGUGGGCGGUGUGCUGCCUCUCAAGAUCGAGCAAGGUCACACUGUCCUGGACCGCCUCAAGGCGUUUGACGGCAUCCCACCGUCCUACAAGAAAAAGCGGAGGGUGAUUCCUGCCGCCCUCGAGGUUGUGCGUCUGAACCCUACAAGGAAGUUUGCUUAUCUGGGGUGCCUGGCUCACGAGGUUGGCUGGAAGUACCAGGCAGUGACAGCCACCCUGGAGGAGAAGAGGAAGGAGAAAGCCAAGAUCCACGACCGGAAGAAGAAACAGCUCAGGAGGCUUUGGAAACAGGCCGAGAAGAACGUGGAGAAGAAAAUUGACAAAUAUACAGAGGGCCUCGAGACCCGCGGACUCCUGGUCUGA